CUAAACGAGAACCAGAUGGCGUACUUGAGGUUACGCCUGAGGCCAAGGGUACUCAAGAACGUGGCUCAGAGAAACAUGGAAGUCACUCUGCUGGGAGAUCAAAGGCUUUCCAUGCCGCUUGCAAUCUCACCAACGGCUUUCCAAAAGAUGGCGCAUUCAGACGGGGAAUUAGCCACAGCCAGAGCGGCCCGGAGAGCUGGUACCCUGAUGGUGCUGAGCAUCUACAGCACCACCUCCUUCGAAGACGUGAGGCAGGCCGCGCCAGAGGGACUUCAGUGGUUCCAGCUGUACAUUUCCCCCGAUCGUGAAGUCACCAAGGCCCUCGUGAUUCGGGCCGAAAAGGCUGGCUAUAGGGCUCUCGUAGUCACUGUGGAUCUACCAGUGCCUGGAAAGAGCAGUAGCAAGACCAAGAGCGGUUUCAAACCGCCCAGAGUACCGAACUUCGAAGGCACAUCAGUAAAUCCAUCAGAGGUGUACAAGGAGUUGGUCCUUGAUCCUUCACUGACUUGGGACGCCAUCUCGUGGCUGAAGAGCAUUACGGAACUACCGAUCAUCCUCAAGGGAAUUACCACAGCCGAAGACGCAGAGGAGGCCAUCAGUCGUGGCGUUUCCGCAAUACUUGUAUCCAAUCAUGGUGGCCGGCAGCUCGAUGGUGUGCCAGCAACGGUGGAGGUCCUCCCCGGCGUCGUUGCCGCAGUCCGAGGCCGCAUCGAAGUCUACGUGGAUGGCGGCAUCCGUCGCGGCACGGACGUCAUCAAGGCCCUGGCACUCGGGGCCAAGGUCGUCUUCGUCGGUCGCCCCGCCAUCUGGGGACUGGCGUACAAGGGCGAAGCCGGCAUCAACCAGAUGCUCGAAAUACUGAGAGAGGAGAUUGACAGGACGCUGGCGCUCAUGGGGUGCUCUUCCCUCGACCAGCUGCGGCCUGACAUGGUUGUGCACGAGAGUCACUUUUCGAAGCCAUCACGAUUUCUGCCCGCAACUUCAAACGGGAGUGACUAAGCUCUUCAAGAUUCACUAAGGGACCGUGAAACGGAACCUGCCCGUCGGAUAUCGGUUCUCCUUUCUCCUCCCUGUGCGAGUACCGAACACAGAAACCCCUUUACAGUUGUCUUUUGAACACAGAAUCUGUUGCGUUGUAUCAGUUGCACUCCACGCCAAAGACCACCGCGAAUAAACAUCACAUGAAUUUUCCAGCUAAGUUUAGCGGAAAAGUAAUUGUCACGUGGCGUUUAUUUUUCGCUAAAUUUAUCGGAAAAAUGAUGUUGCGUCCCACUUUAUUUGACUCCUGAUCUCACGUGAUGUCAAUUUGUGCAAAGUGGUAGUUUGCACGUAACGCAAUCUGUGCUCCCCGGUCUUGGUAGGUAUGAUCAAGCUUUUUUGCCUUUUUAUGGCUUUUUUCUGAUCCAGGUGCACUUUUUUCGACACCGAAUUCAGCAAACUUAUGACCCACAUUGGGAAAGUUCACUCCAACGAGCCACAUUUUCAAAUUCAGUGUAGAGUACAAGGACGUCCCGAAACAUUCAAGGCGUUCCAGACCUUUCGAAGGCACUUCUACCGGGCGCACGGCUACUUCAUGAAAAAGCUACAGCCGAGCUAUUUUUAGAUGGAUGGUCUUGAUAUGCCGCCCUCCGAAGACAUGACGCUUAAGGGGAAGACGGCCCAGAAAUCGACAAGACAAAGCCAAGCCGCAAAGCAGCUUCUUUGGGUCCCCUGAACAAUUUGAAGAGACAUCUGGCGCUAUUCUACUUCAAGGUAACAGAAGAGCACCAAAUCGCCCAGACAGUCACUGACGAUAUAUUUUCGGAUUAAAAAACAUUCCUUCAACUCCUCCAUGGGAUGCUUUGAGACCAUGUUAAGGCCACUCUCGAGGUGAGCUUGCAUGACACACUUCGGUCUCUACUUAGCGAUCAUUUCUUUGACUUGAUUUGGACAGAUGAGAGAAUCCAACGUGCGCACAUGAAAUAUGCGAAAGAGAUUACGUUGACCAGCGUGGGGAAACCCCGUUGUGGGAAACCCCGCUCCCACGAAGUCUGCUUUCCACUAUGUCCCGAUUCAGAGUGUACUGACGAUUUUGUUGAAAACUGAUGCUGCAGAGCACAUUCUUGGCUCAACUGUGCCGCUAAGGGCAGACGUCUCAGCUGGAGGGAUGCUUAAAGUUGUAAAAGAUGAGUUCUUCACAAACGCACUCAUGCGCAUUGGGGACCAAGACACAAUUUUCGUUUUGUUUUAUACUGACGAGCUUGAGAUUGUCAAUCCACUUGGACCAGCUGCCGGAGUGCACAAAGUGCUGGUGGUGUACUUUUCUAUUCUUAACCUAAACCCCACGUACAGAUCACAGCUGUGUUCUAUGCACCUGAUUGCCUCAGUGAAAUACACAAGUUAAAACCCAUGGAUUGCAGCAAAUUUUGGAUCCGAUUAUUUCUAAAUUGUUUUUUUUCAGUGAGAGCAGUUUUGAUGUGUGUCAUGACGGGUUCCACCAUCACAUGAUAGUGACUGUCGUCGGUAUCGGUGACCAUCUCCCUUUGCAUCGUGUUGGCGGCUUUAGUGCUUGCUUUGAGAAAGGAAGAUUCUGUAGAUUUUGCUUAGCGUCGUCCAAGAAGCUGACACGACUCCCUAAGGAGGCUUGCUGUGUUGCUGUGUAUUUCGCACUGCAGACACUCAAAAGAGCUAAAUCGCGGCUGUGGAGGUGAACCCAGCGAACUCCAAGCUAUAUGGUGUUAAAUGAAAUUCCUCGCUGCUCUCUCUCCAAGACUUUGAUUUAACUGUGCAGCCUUUUCCGCAUGCAAUGCACGACGUGCUUGAAGGAGGCGUUGCAUUUGUGUUAGAGCAUGUGCUGACGGAGCUUAUAUCCCCUCGUGUUCUCAAGUCUAGUUGCUUUGAUGCAAUAUACAAAUUUUCUUUUGGAUUCUAUUAUAAAAAGUCGAAACCGCCUAGCGCAAACAAAGCAGAUGGCAAACUAAAGGGCACUGCAAGUCAAAAAUGGUGUUUGUUUCGUCUGUUACCUCAGUUGCUUGCCGAAGACAUUCCUGUAGGAAACAAAUAUUGGCAGGUUUACCUCAAGUACAAGAAAAUUUUGAACAUCAUUCUUGCCAACCAAAUCCCAGGUGGUGCUACUAUCUUCCUUGCAGUUCUGAUUGAUGCGUUCCUUAGGCAGUUGGUGAGGCUUUUCCCAGGCUUGAGGUUAAUACCCAAGUUACACUACCUUGUGCACUAUCCAAGAUCGAUUUGAAUGUUUGGACCUCCCUGCCACUAGUGAAGCAUGCAAUUCGAGUCGAAACAUGCAUACUUUAAGACCAUCGCAACUCGGUCACGAAAUUUCAAGAACAUCUGCAAGACUGUGGCUACCAGAUACCAGUUUUCAUGCAUUCAGUUAGAUGAGCAACUAAGCAUGACAUGCGGGAAGAUGCUUAAAUGGAAAACUCUGGACCCAGAUGUUCAGGACCUGUUCCCCGACAAACCGGGUCCAGAGGAGAGCAUGCACAGCGGGAUAUCGGCGGCUUUCGACAAAUGCCAGUAUCAAAAAGGGGAAGUGUAUUGUACCAGUUGAUAAGAUGGGCCUCCUGCAUUUUCACAAGUGUUUCUGAUGGUCGUGUUCCGGGGCUCGACCUUAAGUUUUGUUUGGAAGCUUCAUGCAGUAAGAUGUCGCCACCGGCAAAGUUAUGAAGUAGUGCACCUCAACAAGUACUGCAUGUUAAACCCCCCCCCCCCCCCCCCCAAAAAAAAAAAGUUUGAAUAUCAUGCGUUAGACUUGUACAAUACGUCCGAUGGGAGGGAGGUAAUUCCCUACUUUGAGCUGUACGAAAAUGCUCGAGGCUGAUCAUUAUGUGUGUCUAAUUGUCAACUUCUGUGAAUGAGACACACAUUUCUGCUUUCUUAUUUUGAAUUGCUUGCAUUGUGUACAUUUUAGUGUAUAUUAAAACAUGUGUUCGUUGUUUCAUUCCUACCUGUAUGUGCUAUUUACUGAGAAACAUUAGAGACGCCUUAAAACGUUGUGACUAUAAAACUCGUCUGUUAUUUGUGUGUGCAAGCACGCGCAAUAAAGAACAUGCAUUUGGACUUGCCCAAGCGCAGUCUCUAGUGUGCCGUCCGACGGCUUUCUUGCAGUGCGCUCAAGUGCAGUCCGAGGGCACUCUACAGGCACAUCCAAGUGCCAUCCUUUGGAGAACAAAAGCUUUAACCAUAUUUUGGCCCGAAUUUGUGUUCCUAUUUCCUCCUGUACUGAAUAUUGAUAUAAAUCGUUCGAUUUUGAGUAUACUUGGCCCAAAAAUCAUACCGAUAUCAUUUUAGGUAAAGCGCUUCUAAGAUUUAAAAAAAUAAAAAAAAGACAUGCAACGAACUCGCUUCAAUGGCACUACGGUUAGCAUGUAUGGUUCGUCCUCGAACGCAUCGGC